UGUCCUAUGGCUGUGAGUCCAGCUGGGGGUGGGUCUUACAGGGAAUUGAAACUUACUUGAAAGAAGUCGGUGUUGGGCUUUUCCCUAGCUUUAGCUGCUCCAUUCUGACAAGGAUGGCUGGGGUUGGAGGAUGGAGGGGAGGCAGCAGGUACAGGACAGCUGCUGCCUCCAGCACCCCAUUUUCCUCUCAGGGUUACAACAAUCAACCAGAGGCGGCUGGAAAACCCCAGCAGCAGAUGACAUCUGGAGAGGAGGAAGGGCACCAAGCAUCAGCCUACCAUCAGCAACAAGAGCUGCAUGUCAGCUCGUACGUUUUGAUAACUCCAGAUGAAACCAGAAGAAAUCAGUUGCAACAAAUUGCUAAGAAAGAGCUAGAUGAGCUGGAGCGCUGGAAGGAAGAGCACAGGCUAAGGCCAAUUAAGUUGAUUCCACAGAGACUGGGUGGAAAGGAAUCAGAGGCUGAAGCAAGACAAAAACAGCAAAUGAUGCUCGUGCAAUCUAAAUACCAACAAAAGUACAAGAGAGAAGAAUACAUGAAAGCAAAAAAAGCAGCUGAAGAAGCUGAAAUCCUGAAAAAGAAAGCAAUUCAGAGAGAAAAGGCAGAGAGACUUGAAGUUAAAAAAAGGCAACAAGAAAUGCAAAGAAGAGAGAUGUUCCUUGAAGAUCAAUAUUACAAAACCAAUGAAUUAUUGAACAGAUUGGAGUUGGGCUUGCCAAAGAGUGAUUCCUGUCAGAUUGCUAAUCGUGGCCCAGAAUCAACAGCACGGGCUCAAUUAAAGGAAUCAAAACAAAAGAAUGAAGAGGAAGCCAGGACAAGAGCACUUCAAAACGAACAGAGGAGGGUAAAUAAUGCUUUCCUGGACCGACUCCAGAACAAAACACAGACUAAUAACAUCUGCCAACCUGGAUAUUCUGGGAGUCUGGACUACCUCAGUAAUGGUGCCUGGGGAUCAAGCUACUUGAAAUAAAGGAUCAGUGUUACUGAAAGGGUACUGGAGAAAUAUUCACUUUUAUCUGGUAUUGGCCAAAUGACCUUGUAAAAGCUCCAAGAAAGAGCUCUUUUAUCAUUGUGAUUUUUCUUCCUAUCCUGACUUCAACUUCACACCCACUUCAUGAGCGAUCUGCAGAGACUGGUUUCUAGCUGUCAUUAUUCACGCAUAUUUGAAGCAGCUGAUUGUGAAACUCCGAUUUAAUUUUUAAUAAGUGAAUACAUUUUUUUUUUUUCCCUUAAAUUGUUUUCCUUUUGCUGAAUGCAAUUGUUCCAGUCUUUGGGAUCUCAGAAGAAGACAUUAGUGGUUGCAAAACCUGCAGGAAUAUCUAUGUUUACUUUCUGCUGUAUCCAGCAAAAAAAAACUUCUAGAUAUUUAAACUAGAAAAAUAGGUAGUACUUUAUUUUGAGGACAGGGGAUAGGAGAGCUAGUUUGUUUUUUUUUGGAGGGGGGAGGAAGAGGGGACUGGAGGUACUUUUUGCAUUGUAUUAAGUAGAGACUCAAAGAGAAACAAGUGUGUGUACUGUUGUGUAUUCUCCUAAAAACAUUUUUAGGAAAAUAUGACACGUGAAAGAAAUAAAACUGUAACACUGAAAAUUUCAACACAGUAUUUGAUCUCUCACAUCUUUUGUGAUAUAUCAGCUUUUCACUUUACCUGUUUUACAUUGAUAACUUUCUGUUACUUGAAUGGGAAAAAGUACUACAAGGUUAAUUUUUACUUUUUCUCUCUAGUCUAAAGAAAUUGAAUUUAUAUAUCCCUCUUUCUACAAACAACAUUUUAAUACUUUCCAAAAGGCAGUUGCAUGACCUAGAUAUUUCUAAGGAAAAAAGAAGGGUCCACAGUAUGUUAGAUAAACCAUGCAGACAAGAAGUAUCCACUGAAUUUGCAAGUACAUCUUAUGCAAAGUUAAAAUUUUCUUGAACAAACACUUUUUUGGAGAGUACAGGCAUGCUGUGAUAUUUUCCCACCACCCUUAAAAUAUGGUAAUUUCAUAAUGCAUCACCUGAUGUUUUCUUCUGAACCAGGAAUGUUGCUGUCUUUUCUUUCUCCUCUGGGAUUCUCUGUGGUUGCUCUUGCUUAUCUCUGCCUCAGAGAAUUACUCUAGCCUCUCAUACUACUAGGUAGCUGAUGUUAAUUCAGAGUGCCAGAGGUCUUGAUAAUGCUCUAUGGUUUAACUUUUUUUCAAGCACCUGACAUUGGAAAACUUCCUUAGGAAAACUUCUGCAUUCCUACGGAAUGACACUUGAUUUCAAAUGGUACUUCACUCUGCUAUUGGACUGCUGCUUUGAAAAUUAAAUUCACAUCUCCUUCCAAGAAUGCCCUCUCCCAACCUCCUUUGGUAGAUAUCUUUGGUCUGGGGCUAGAUGUCUUCAGAGUGGCAUAUAUGUACAUGCAUGCAUGUAUAUUUUAAAGGAAAUAUCUUGAUCCUUGUGUUGUAUUCUGAUCAGACUAAGGCUUACAGGUAGUCUUUUCGAAGUUGUGAACCCGCAGCUUUCUAUGCUUGGACUACCAUGCCUCUAUACCUCACUGAGAAAGACUGAGUGGAAGUUGCUGUGGUCACUGAGAAGUUAAAAUUCAGUGUGGUUGUGUUGCUGUGUUUCUAUUUCCAAAG